UAUUCCUCCUCCACCCAAUUAUUUCCUCCAUUUCCAUCUCUUCCUCCUCUCUUCAUCUUCCAUCAUCUUCCAUCAUCUCCAUCUCCAUCUCCAUCUCCCUCUUCCCCCUCCUCAUUUCCUCAUCCAUCUCUUUUCACAAAUUUAACCAACCAUACAAUAAUACAAACUAAUUUAAUCUCCUUCUUCUUCUGAACCCCUACAGAUUCUUCCUUUCUCUCUCCCCCUUCUCUUCCAUUUCAUAUUUUCCUCUCUCCUCCCACCAUGGUGUCCGCCAUGCUUUUGUCUUCCUUUUCACCUUUUACUUCCUCAAAUUAGUGACUCAAGCUGAUUCUGCAUACUCAUCUCCCAAGGGAUGGUGGGUAACCUGGGAAACCUCUGCUAGGGCAUGAAAACCAUCAACGCUCUUUCCGCCAUCACACCUCCCCCUUUGCCCAUCGACUUUAACGUUUCUCUCCUAGUGAUUGGAGAGCUGAAAGAUGGACAGGACAAGACUGGAUUUAAGUGUUCAUCAUUCAGUAUCGACACAAUCAGAGGAAUCUGCCUUGGAUUUAGAAAGGAACUACUGCAGUCAUCUUAAUAUGCCUUCAUCAAGUCCAUCGCCUAGUCAAUGCUUUGCUCCGGGUAGUCAGCUGUCUGAGACCAAUGCUGCUUACUUUUCAUGGCCCACUUCCAGCCGUUUAAACGACGCUGCAGAAGAUAGAGCAAACUAUUUUGGGAACCUUCAGAAAGGAGUGCUUCCUGAAAUUCUAGGCCGGCUGCCCACUGGGCAGCGAGCUACUACUUUGCUUGAGUUAAUGACCAUAAGGGCAUUUCAUAGCAAGAUCUUGCGUCGUUUUAGCCUUGGAACUGCAAUAGGAUUCCGAAUCCAGAAGGGCAUGCUGACAGAUAUCCCUGCUAUUAUUGUCUUUGUUGCACGCAAAGUUCACAGGCAGUGGCUCAGUGAUGUUCAAUGUCUACCUGCUGCACUUGAGGGACCUGGAGGUAUAUGGUGCGAUGUUGACGUUGUGGAGUUCUCCUAUUAUGGUGCUCCGGCAGCUACUCCUAAAGAAGAAGUAUACACAGAGCUUGUUGAUGGCCUGAGGGGAAGCGAUCCAACAAUUGGUUCUGGUUCCCAGGUUGCUAGCCAAGAAACUUACGGGACUUUGGGUGCAAUUGUCAAAAGCCGGACGGGAACCCAGCAAGUUGGUUUCCUUACGAACCGGCAUGUUGCAGUUGAUUUAGACUACCCUAGUCAGAAAAUGUUUCAUCCUUUGCCUCCCAGCCUUGGACCUGGUGUAUAUCUGGGUGCUGUGGAGAGAGCAACAUCGUUUAUCACUGAUGAUGUCUGGUAUGGCAUCUUUGCUGGAACAAAUCCAGAAACAUUUGUGCGAGCUGAUGGCGCGUUCAUUCCAUUUGCUGAAGAUUUCAACAUGAAUAAUGUCAUUACAUUUGUAAAAGGUGUUGGUGAGAUUGGUGAUGUCAACAAAAUAGACCUGCAAUCUCCAAUCAACAGUCUUAUUGGACGAAAGGUGAUCAAGGUUGGAAGAAGUUCUGGCUUGACCAGAGGGACUAUAAUGGCAUAUGCCCUUGAGUAUAACGAUGUAAAAGGGAUUUGUUUCUUCACUGACUUUCUUGUUGUUGGAGAUGACCAACAGACGUUUGACCUUGAAGGUGACAGUGGAAGCCUUAUUCUUUUAACUGGUCUGGAUGAGGAAAAGCCACGUCCUGUCGGGAUUAUCUGGGGAGGAACAGCUAAUCGAGGUCGACUGAAAUUAAAAGUUGGUCAGCCACCAGAGAAUUGGACCAGUGGAGUUGAUCUUGGACGCCUUCUUGAUCUUCUUGAGCUCGAUCUUAUUACUACAAAUGAUGGUUUACAAGCUGCAGUGCAUGAACAAAGGAAUAAUUCAGUUGGAGGGAUUGAUUCUACUGUUGCAGAGUCUUGUUUUGAUCGGAUGCCGUUAACAUACAGACUUGAGGAGAACUCUGAGCCACUCGGUUUAAGUGUCCAGCGAAUUUCCCCUGAAGGUGAAUCCUCCCAGGGGCUGAUCUCACCUUUUAAGCAUGCUGCAUUGCAGAUAGAAAAUGGGUUUGAGAUAACUCCGAGCGUUGAACUCCAAUUUAUACCAAGGUUAGCCAGCAGCUCUCCACUGCAUCAGAAGAACGAAGAAAGGCAAGAGUUGAAAAAUCUGUCCACCCUGAGGAAUGGCUAUGACGGUGAGGUAUCAGUUUCGCUGCGGUUGGGUGAGCCAGAAGCAAAGAGAAGGAAGCACUUGGAUUCUCUUUCAAGUAUCAAAGAGUCAUCACCAUGAGUGCGGAAUAAGAAGAUAGAUUCAAUUUGGUACUGAAAACUGAAAUAAGUUUUAAAUGGUUAUAUCUCCGUUACUGGGUUCAGAUCAUUUUGCCGCCUAUUUAGAUCUAUAAAUUGGGACUGCCACAUUACAAAGGUUGAAGCCUCAAGGUGGGAGUGCCAUUCUUUUAAAUGCCCUGUGCAGUGAAAGCCUUGAGGUUAGUUUUCAGUUCAUACAACAUAUUAUGGGUGAAAGGUAUCUAUGCCGGUCUUCAGCAUCUAAUUUUCUAUUUUCCUGAACCAACUAGAGAAUGGUGAAGACCUUGUUCCAUAGCUACUUUCGGGAAGGAAAAAAAAAGUAAAAAAAAAGAAAAACAUAUAUAUAUAUAUAUAUAGAGAGAGAGAGAGAGAGAGAGAGAGAUAAAGUUAUCUGAAGCUAAAAAUGAAAAUGUUACAAUAUAUUUGGAACCCAAUAAAAGAGCCCCCCUUUUCGGCCA